AUGCCACGGAUUGGACACAAGAAGUCCCGCAACGGUUGUUCUAACUGUAAACAGAGAAAGGUCAAGUGCGAUGAGAAUCGGCCAUGUGGCGCUUGCGUUAGACUACAGAUAGAUUGUAGCCUAACGCCAACUUCCAUCCAGAAUGGUCCUCAACUCCACAUAUCUGCACUAGAUGGUCAUAGAGACGACGCGUCGACCAUCUCGUCCAAGAGCACUCCACCAGGAGCCCCAUCGAUAACGCCGCCGCCCUCCGUAGGAGCAGACUUUCCCCUCGGAUCCGCGACCGAAGAUACCUACCCCUGGAUGACGGAUCUCGGCUUGAUGAACCACUUCACCUCCGUGACCUCCGCCACCUUGCCCGGGGCUAACCUCCACACCUGGCGCGACAAGGUUCCAGCCGUGGCUGCGGGCUCGCCCUACCUCAUGCAUCAAAUCCUCGCAGUCGCCGCCUUUCACCUAGCAUGCUCGGGACCACUCGGGUCUCCCUCCGCGCAAGCUCAUACGCAGCAACAACAGCGUCAGGAGAAACUAUCUUCGGCGCUGCAGCACCAACACCAUGCAAUUCGUGGGGUUCAGGAUGAGAUUUCGCACGUCACUCCUGCGAACUGCGACGCUCUCUUCGCUGCCUCGUCAUUGCUCUUCAUUGGCGCCUUCGCCGCCUCGGGUCCGACGCUACACAGCCCCCUGCGUCAGCUAGAAGUAGACGACAUCCUAGAGGUCUUCACUCUCAUCCGCGGUGUCAGCAGUGUCUUGGCCUCGGCUAGGGAAAAUGUGCGGCAUGGCAUAUUGAAGGACUUCAUGAAAUGCAAUCCAUAUCUAGGCGGCAACGAGUUGCUAACACUGCUGCAAGAUAAUAUUUCACGUAUCCAGGCUGGUGGGCUGGAUCAGCACGACGUGAAUUCCGAGGUCAAGAGCAUUAUUGGCGAAGCAGUCUUGGGUUUCCGGAAUAGCAUCGAGCGGGCAUCGUCUAUGACUCCCGAGUUGAACGUCGCUGUGUCUUGGCCCAUGAUCCUGCGUGACAACUUCAUGGCCUUGCUUGUCGUUCAAGAACCUGCGUCUUUAGUCGUUCUUGCUCAUUAUUGUACCGUUAUCCAUGCUGCGGGAUCUCAAUUUUGGUUCAUGAGAGAAUGGGGGUGCCAUCUCAUUGCCGCAAUUUUGAGAUCUCUUCCGCCAAACUGGCACGAUGAGAUACAGUGGCCCGUAAGCUAUGUCAAACCAGGACUAGCUAGUCAGAAUGAACAUCUCGCAAUGACAAGUGAUGGAUGA